GGAGGAGGAAGGUUCUGGAGAGCUGUGGCGAGCUCUGGAAGGUUCCGCCACCCGCCGUAUAAAUGGGGGGAGGCGGCGGCCGCGGCGGUGGAGUGAAGAGCGCCGCUGACAGCGUCUGAGUGUCGCAGCUGGUCGCCAUGGGCAAGGACUAUUAUCGCACUCUGGGCCUGGCCCGCGGCGCCUCGGACGACGACAUCAAGAAGGCCUACCGCAAGCAGGCGCUGCGCUACCACCCCGACAAGAACAAGGACCCCGGCGCCGAGGAGCGCUUCAAGGAGAUCGCCGAGGCCUACGACGUGCUCAGCGACCCCAAGAAGCGGGAGAUCUUCGACAAGUUCGGCGAGGAAGGACUAAAGGGAGGUGGUCCCAGCAGUGGUGGAUGUGCCAAUGGUGGUAACUCGUUCAGCUACACCUUUCAUGGAGAUCCUCAUGCUAUGUUUGCAGAGUUUUUUGGUGGGAGGAACCCAUUUGAUACCUUUUUUGUACAAAGGAAUGGAGAUGAAGACAUGGAUGUUGAUGACCCUUUCUCCACUUUUCAGAUGGGGGGCUUUAGUAACAUGGGCUUCCCUCGCUCCCGCUCAGGCCAUGAAAGUAUACGCAAAAAACAAGACCCUCCUGUCACUCAUGAUCUGAGGGUUUCCUUGGAGGAGAUAUACACUGGCUGCACCAAGAAAAUGAAAAUCUCUCACAAACGACUCAAUACAGAUGGCAAGACCACACGGAAUGAGGACAAGAUUCUGACCAUUGAAGUCAAACGAGGGUGGAAAGAAGGAACAAAGAUUACUUUUCCCAAAGAGGGAGACCAAACAGCAAACAACAUUCCAGCUGACAUUGUCUUUGUUUUAAAGGACAAGCCACACAAUGUCUUUAAGAGAGAUGGGUCUGAUAUUAUUUUCCCAGCUAAGAUCAGCCUCCGUGAGGCCCUGUGUGGUUGCACAGUGAAUGUGCCGACGCUGGAUGGCAGAACCAUUCCAAUGGUAUUUAAAGAUGUCAUUAAACCUGGGAUAAAGCGGCGAAUCCCUGGAGAGGGCCUCCCAUAUCCCAAGAAUCCAGACCAGCGAGGGGACCUUAUUAUAGAAUUUGAAGUAAAGUUUCCAGACAGAAUUCCACAGGCUUCCAAAAGUGUCCUAGAGCAGAUCCUACCAAUAUAGCAAGGCUGCUCACGGAGAACUGAAAUAAGGACACUUUUCCAAAGCAAAAGGUUUUUGGACCAUAACCAGGACUUCAGGGUUUCUCAUUAGUGGAGGUUGUUGACUUUCACACUAAGUAUUUUCCCCCCCAAGAGUAUCAUCUUCAAAAUUGUGCAUUCACUUUUCAGUGACUCUAGUUCCCAGAUCAUCACUCGAAGUAUUUACAUCAGUGAGCAGCUGCUUGUGGGAGGAAUCUGCAGAACAUCUCAUGGUCAAACCUUUCUUCUGGUGACCAGUUUCCACCCUAGUGCUCAAUGUGCUGCCUUCCCUUAACUGGUUACCCAUAGACUGGGCAUCUGUUUCAUUUCAUCUCGUGCAGACCUGUAGUUCCUCCAUUGGAAAGGGUGAAACAAAAAUCUAAAACUGGACUUGCAAGUAAAACAAUCUCCAACAUCUUGCCUUUGCUGUUGUACUGUGUUGUGUCCCUUGUCACUUCCUACACUGAAGGACUUUCCUACUGGGACACUCUUAAAUGUUCUUAACUAUUUUUAGUUCCUGUAAGUUGUCAAUGUCUUGCUAAGGGUUUUCUUAAGUUUUUCCUUCUGUCAGUUGUAUUAGAAGGAAGGCACCCUUUGUUUGACCUUAAUCUGUGACUCUCUGGAAACAUCAGAAGUCCUAAUGUCUUUCAGAAUGUGAGCCUGAAUGAGUAAGCCCUUAGCCAAUGUAUGAUGAGUUUAAACCUAACUACCAAUGUUAACAAGGUCUGGUCUAGAAAAAAUAUGCAAAGGAAAAUGGAUCUUAAGUAUAAUACUCUGAAUCAUUCCCUCUAUGAAAGUCUUCCCCCUCGUACAGACAUUUUAAGGUCUCUUAGCCUGGUUCCUGGUCAUGGGCUGAACAAAUAGGGGGCAGCCAUUUCUCAUUCCAGGUAUACUGUACCUAAACAGGAUGUUGAGUCUCUUAUUCAUCAUCCUGCAUGCAGGGUCAGUGUCAAGACUUAUGUUAAAGACUUAUUCAGUACACUAAUGGACUCUGGACUUUUUUCAAAGGACUCUGAUCCUCUGAAUUGGUAGCACCACCAGAGAUAUCCUUUUUGAUAAAAAGGGUUUUUGUUCCUGAUACAGGAGCACUGUGGCACUUCCUGUAUAUAUUAUAUAUUUUUUGUAUACAUUUGUGUAAAGUUGAUGUGUGUAAUGCAGUAGAGCAUCUUGUAUUUUACAGGAUUGAGUACAUUGAUAAAGAUUCAUGAGGGGGUUGUGAGAGAACAUGCUCUCUUAAUCCAAUGGGGGAGCAUGAACCUGGAAUGCACUGGAAACUUAACUUGGAAUGUUACUGCCAUGAUAACAGACUGUCAGAGCUGUGUCACAAUUAAAGUCUCCUUAAC